CAGAAAGCACGAUUUCGUAAAGAAUGCAGACCCCUUGAUAUAAUAUCUCCCAGCGGCCGUGCCUUUAAUCAUCCCUACCCAUGGACACCAUUCUGCGAGACCUCGAAGCGGGGCACAGGCUUGGGUCCGGCCCUCGCCUAGCAGCUGCCCUCACCCCGGUCGAUACGCCGGAACACCCCGACCGCUUGAAGUCUUUCUACUACUUUUCCAAUGCUGCGCAAUUACCUGCAAGUCUACGAUACUACAUAUCUCAGCUCAAUGGAGAGAAGAUACCGAAGCAAGACCUCAACGCCUGGGUUGAUAUCUUUUCAGCAUACUGGAAAGCAGUCGGAGAAAUCGUCAAGUUCGAUGAAUUCGCAUCACGCGCCAGCUGGGCUAACGUUUUUGAUAACUGGAAAGAUCUGGCCAAUGUGCUGAUUAGAGCUUACACGAAUCCUGGGCUGGAAACCUGGACCAUACCUUGUCUUUAUGUAGUUGGAAAGUACCUGCGGGUCUUCGCGUCCAAGGCCGACGCGGAAUCUUCGUCCCAGGGAUCUGUGGAGUUCUCAGAGGAUGAUAUGGUCACCGACUUUGGGAAGAACGCGAAAACUGAGGAAGCUGCCCGUGUACUGAACCGAAUGUUUACCCUGUGUCUCAAUGACAGAGCGCCAAAAGAAGAAUCGCGAAAAUGGGGCGUCUAUUAUAUGUCAAAUCUCCUAUUCAAAACAUAUUUUAAGAUCAAUGCUGUCGGACUUUCCAAAAAUCUCCUGCGUGCUCUUAAUGCCCAGUCACACGAUUUACCAGAUAAGGAACUCUAUCCCAGAUCGCACAUAGUGACGUUUAACUACUUUGUGGGUGUCAUUUUUUUUCUGGAUGAGAACUAUGCCGAGGCAGAGGAGCACCUUGCAUAUGCUUGGAACUACUGUCAGAAAAGUUCUGUCAAGAACAGGGAGUUGAUCUUAACGUAUCUUGUGCCCUGCCAUAUCGUCAACACUCAUACAUUACCGAGCAAGAAGCUUCUUCAAGACUUUCCACGUCUUGAAACGCUGUUUCGCCCAUUAUGCGACUGCAUCCGAAAGGGUGAUCUCCAUGGCUUUGACGCCGCUAUGUCUGCGGGCGAAGAAGACUUUGUCAGGAGACGCAUCUACCUACCACUUGAGCGAGGCCGAGACAUAGCGUUGCGCAAUCUGUUCCGAAAAGUUUUCAUAGCUGGUGGAUUCGAAGAACCUAAAGACGGACAGCCACUGAUCCGACGUACAAGAAUACCCGUUGCCGAAUUUGCAGCAGCGCUGCGGAUCGGGACCCAUGCAGACGCGCGAGCCCGAGUUGAUAUUGAUGAAGUUGAAUGCCUGCUAUCGAAUCUAAUCUACAAAGGCCUUAUGAAAGGCUAUAUUGCUCGUGAGCGUGGCAUGAUCGUCCUUAGCAAAGGAGGCACAGCGUUCCCCGGAACAGGUGUCUAGGACUAUUAUCUGCAGUUCCUGUGAAACUGCUUAUCAGCAGAGUCUGAAUUACAUCAAGUAACUGCUUGCGUUACCCAAAGAUUCGGAGUCAGCUUGUCCGAGCCCAACAUGAUGGCGCCAGGGACAGACAUACAGCUAGCAAGCAAUCCCUCUAAACCAAGUAUCCGAGGCCUAGGUAUGCACCGCUCAUUAAUCUUUGUUCAACGACGAGCUGUGAUGCGAACGUCGAUGAACCUUAAUCGAAGAUAGCAAAACCUGUAUUGUUGACUAGAUAUCGGGCAGAGUCCUGCUAUGCAUGGUAUCAAUAAGCUAUAGACAGUAUAGCGAUGAA